CUUCAAUGGCUAAGGUUUACACUCUAGCUGAGGUUUCAGAGCACAACAACAGCAAGGAUUGCUGGCUUGUCAUUGGAGGAAAGGUCUACGACGUCACCAAUUUCUUGGAUGAUCAUCCCGGUGGCGACGACAUUUUAAUAAACGCGACAGGGAAGGAUGCAACCGAGGAUUUUGAUGAUAUCGGGCACAGCCCCAGCGCUCUGACGAAGUUGGAAGAGUUCCUCGUUGGUGAGAUUGACGUGUCAACAAUCCCCCCCAAGAAGGCGUACGCCCCUCCCAAGCAGCCUCAUCACAAUCAGGACAAGACGCCAGAGUUCAUCGUCAAGCUCCUACAGUUCUUAGUCCCUUUGGUCAUCUUGGGCUUGGCCGUUGGCCUCCGUUUAUACGCCAAAUCCGAGGCCUAGGUUUUAUGUAAUCUUGAGAGAGGGGUGUUUGCUUUGUGGUGAUUGAGGGGAAUGUUUGUUCUAUGCCAAAGUUUAUUCUUGAAGGAACUCAAUUCUUGUUUUCUUCAAAA